CUCCCCUCCGGCGCUCCCGGGCGGCGCUCCCGGGCGGCGCGCCCGCGUGCCCAUCCUUUAGCAGCCCGGGCGAGUCGCGGGCACGAGCGAACGAGCAAGCAAGUGAGCGGCCGCGCGUGCGCACUGGCCACCUCCCCUAGCGGCGAUCCGGGCCGCUGCCGCUCGCUUGGGCAGGACGCGGGGCGGGCGGGGGGAGGGGGGAGCGGCUUUGCUGGCAGCCCUGAGUGAGGCGGAGACCCGGGCGGAGCGGGCGGCACCGCACCUCGGCCAGAAGCAGCUGCAGCAGCUGCCCUAGUCCCCACCGCCGCCUCUCCAGCAGCUUCUGUCAUUCCGCGCCAGCUGCUGCAGACAGAGGACGAGGAGGAGGAGGCGAGAAACUCCCACCGACCCACAGAGAGGCCGUGAGACCAGUUGUUAGCAUUCAAGUCAGGAGGCUCAUAGCUCCAGUGCCAGGAGGUUUUACUAUGACAGAUAUUCACUCAAGCUACACAUACACAGGGAGCAUGACUUCGGCAACUUCACCUAUUAUUUUAAAAUGGGAUCCCAAAAGUUUGGAAAUCCGGACACUCACAGUGGAAAGACUAUUGGAGCCACUUGUGACACAGGUGACAACACUUGUCAACACAAGCAACAAAGGUCCGUCUGGUAAAAAGAAAGGGAGGUCAAAGAAAGCCCAUGUGCUGGCAGCAUCUGUAGAACAAGCUACUCAGAACUUCCUGGAAAAGGGUGAACAGAUCGCUAAGGAGAGCCAAGACCUCAAAGAAGAGUUAGUGGCUGCUGUAGAGGAUGUGCGGAAGCAAGGUGAGACAAUGCGGAUUGCCUCCUCAGAGUUUGCAGAUGACCCUUGCUCUUCUGUCAAGCGUGGCACCAUGGUGCGUGCAGCACGGGCUCUGCUAUCGGCUGUGACACGCUUGCUCAUCCUGGCCGACAUGGCAGAUGUCAUGAGGCUUUUAUCGCAUCUGAAAAUUGUCGAGGAGGCCUUGGAAGCAGUCAAAAAUGCCACAAAUGAACAAGACCUUGCAAACCGAUUUAAAGAGUUUGGGAAAGAGAUGGUGAAACUGAACUAUGUAGCAGCAAGACGGCAGCAGGAGCUCAAGGACCCUCACUGUAGGGAUGAGAUGGCUGCAGCCCGUGGAGCCCUGAAGAAGAAUGCCACCAUGCUGUACACAGCCUCCCAAGCCUUCCUCCGGCAUCCAGAUGUUGCUGCUACAAGAGCCAACCGAGAUUAUGUAUUUAAACAAGUCCAAGAGGCCAUAGCUGGCAUCUCCAGUGCUGCUCAGGCCACCUCCCCCACCGAUGAAGCCAAAGGCCACACAGGCAUCGGCGAGCUGGCUGCAGCCCUGAAUGAGUUUGAUAAUAAGAUCAUCCUGGACCCCAUGACAUUCAGCGAGGCCAGGUUCCGACCAUCCCUGGAGGAGAGACUGGAGAGCAUCAUCAGUGGGGCUGCUCUCAUGGCAGAUUCCUCCUGCACACGUGAUGACCGCCGUGAGCGUAUUGUGGCCGAGUGCAAUGCAGUUCGACAGGCACUCCAGGACCUGCUAAGCGAGUACAUGAAUAACACUGGAAGGAAAGAGAAAGGAGACCCUCUCAACAUUGCGAUUGACAAGAUGACCAAGAAAACAAGAGAUCUGAGGAGACAGCUUCGGAAAGCUGUGAUGGAUCACAUCUCAGAUUCUUUCUUGGAAACCAAUGUCCCCUUGCUGGUUCUCAUUGAGGCUGCGAAGAGCGGGAAUGAGAAGGAGGUGAAGGAAUACGCCCAAGUUUUCCGUGAACAUGCCAACAAGCUGGUGGAGGUUGCCAAUUUGGCUUGUUCCAUCUCCAACAAUGAGGAAGGGGUGAAAUUAGUCAGAAUGGCAGCCACCCAGAUUGACAGCCUGUGUCCCCAAGUCAUUAAUGCUGCCCUCACACUGGCUGCUCGGCCACAGAGUAAAGUUGCUCAGGACAACAUGGAUGUCUUCAAAGACCAGUGGGAAAAGCAAGUCCGUGUGCUCACUGAGGCAGUGGAUGACAUCACCUCUGUGGAUGACUUCCUCUCUGUCUCAGAAAACCAUAUCUUGGAGGAUGUGAACAAAUGUGUGAUUGCCCUGCAAGAGGGAGAUGUGGACACACUGGAUCGCACAGCUGGGGCCAUACGGGGCCGGGCAGCCCGGGUCAUUCACAUCAUCAAUGCAGAGAUGGAGAACUAUGAAGCUGGGGUCUAUACAGAGAAAGUGCUGGAAGCCACAAAAUUGCUUUCAGAAACAGUGAUGCCACGCUUUGCUGAACAAGUUGAGGUGGCCAUCGAAGCCCUGAGCGCCAAUGUCCCUCAGCCAUUCGAGGAGAACGAGUUCAUCGAUGCCUCGCGCCUGGUGUAUGACGGUGUUCGGGACAUCAGAAAGGCUGUGCUGAUGAUCAGGACUCCAGAAGAGCUAGAAGAUGAUUCCGACUUUGAGCAAGAGGAUUAUGAUGUGCGGAGUCGGACAAGUGUUCAGACAGAGGACGACCAGCUCAUUGCUGGACAGAGUGCACGGGCCAUCAUGGCGCAACUACCACAGGAGGAGAAAGCAAAAAUAGCUGAACAGGUGGAGAUUUUCCACCAAGAAAAAAGCAAGCUGGAUGCUGAAGUGGCCAAGUGGGAUGACAGCGGCAAUGACAUCAUUGUGCUGGCCAAGCAGAUGUGUAUGAUCAUGAUGGAGAUGACAGACUUCACAAGAGGCAAAGGCCCACUGAAAAAUACAUCUGAUGUCAUUAAUGCUGCCAAGAAGAUUGCAGAAGCAGGCUCUCGAAUGGACAAAUUAGCGCGCGCUGUGGCUGAUCAGUGUCCUGAUUCAGCAUGUAAGCAGGAUUUAUUAGCCUACCUUCAGCGGAUUGCUUUGUACUGCCAUCAGCUUAACAUCUGCAGCAAAGUGAAGGCCGAGGUUCAGAACCUAGGAGGAGAGCUCAUUGUGUCAGGGACAGGAGUUCAGAGCACUUUCACUACCUUUUAUGAGGUAGAUUGUGAUGUCAUAGAUGGGGGCAGGGCUAGUCAACUUUCUACCCACCUCCCAACCUGUGCUGAGGGAGCUCCAAUCGGGAGUGGAAGCAGUGACUCCUCCAUGCUGCCAGCUGGACAGUGCUACAUCACUCAUCCAGGCAGCCAAAAACCUGAUGAAUGCUGUUGUCCUCACGGUGAAAGCGUCUUAUGUAGCCUCAACUAAAUACCAGAAGGUCUAUGGAACAGCAGCUGUCAACUCUCCAGUUGUGUCUUGGAAGAUGAAGGCUCCUGAAAAGAAGCCCCUUGUGAAGAGAGAAAAGCCUGAAGAAUUCCAGACAAGAGUUAGACGGGGGUCUCAAAAGAAACACAUUUCACCUGUGCAGGCUUUAAGUGAAUUCAAGGCAAUGGAUUCCUUCUAGGACAAUAGGCUACAAACAAGAAAGCUUUUUCUUUCCCUCCUCCCCCUUUCUUUUUCAUUUUGAUUCCAUUUUUUGUAAGCAUACCUGCUGACUUGUCUGCCUCUGGCAUGGGGAAAUUAAGAGAACAGUGUCUGUUUGCAUGUUAGACGAGAUGAGAUCAAUGCUGCUGGUCUAUCAGUAGCCUCGGAAGGGGACAGGUGACAAUUUCUGUCCUGAGGUGGAACAGAGCUGUCCUUUGCAACAUUCUCUUAAAGUUGGGCAAAGAGUUCACACUGUGAUGUUCACGGGAGUGGGAGGGAUGGGGAAAAUAAACUUAACUCUACAAAAGCAAACUCUAAUGCAUGCAAGAACCAUUAGGUUGGCAGGUAUAUUCAUAAGUGAAAAACCUGGAAGUGUAAUGGUAGAACAUAAAACCUGUACUGCUUCUGUUUGAGUGCAAAACUGUACUAGCCAAUACGCUGAAGUGUGUGGCCCACAAAUUGAAAUUUUAACCUCAAUGUCCUGUAUCCAUGCUCUCAUGUGGAUUCUUAACUGAGGAGAAACUAACUCAUCCCGUCUCAAAUGUUUCUUUAAUCUGCAUUCUGUUCUUUCUUCCUGGUAGUGCCAUUACUAGUGUUCCUCUUAUUUUCUCCCCUCUGCUGAAGACAAUAAAUAUUCCUUUGAGACCCGUGGAUCCUUCUGCGGACCCUAAUGACACAAAGUGGAGCUCAACUGUCCUCCCUUCUAUUUCUUUCUUUCUAAACUUGAACUCUGACUUUGCUAGACAUAGAAGGCUCAGUGGUGGAACGUUAGCGAAAUGGAGAUUGACAGUAUGUGAAGGCUUAGAGGCAAAUGCAUAGGUGUGUAGCUGAGAGUGCUGGUAUCUAAUAUACCAUUGUAUUCACUGACACAAAAUAAACACAUUUAAUCUUGA